UCAACACACAGGACACCAUGGGCUGAUCUUGUGUCAGUGGUUCUGACCCACUCUCUGGUAAUGGCUGACUUUCAGGUUGUCUGGAGAAGAGCAUACAUUAAUUAUGAUCAAGUAAGAGUGAAAGUGUAAGUGAAGCGUGGUCACCUAAUGACACACCGAUGUCCUGUAUUGGCCUCUUAUCCUGUUUCCUAGAUGGGAAAUUAGCCUGCUGCUGUGUGAAGGCGGGGUUGGCCUGUGGUCUGUUCACAGUCAGUGUUGCGUGCACUACUUCCUGUAGGAGUUUACAGCAGUACAGGUAUCUCCGCCUGAACACGUACGUCACUGAUUAACAGACAGCAGGAGGGAGGGGCAACUCAACGCUGCCCACACUGCCGCUGCCCACCUGCUUCCACGUGUGGAGGCAGCAGGUGGGUUCAGGUGUGCAGUGAGAGGUGUGGUGUGUUUGUUUAGCCUCCUCCUCUCUGCUCUCUCCACCUGUGCUGUGGGACUGUUUCCUCAGAGACAGUCAGCUGGCUGAUUGCCUGCUGCUAUGACACUAUCAGAGGCACACAAACCGGUUUAAGGUAUUCCUGUCGUCAAUUCGUCUUGCUGUUUAAACUUCAGACUGAGUCGCUGCAUGUGGAGUGACGUCAUCUUUGAAACAUGCGGCUGUUACUCCGCCGGCGUGUGUCUCCUCUGAAAUUGGCCAUCCUAGGGGGAGCUCUGUUCAUGGUGAUUCUAGUCGUUCUCCAGAAGGAUGUCGGCAGUGUGUCGUCAGCAGACCCCUGGUUUCAGGAGCUGGUUGACAAGAAGGACAAAAUGAUAGUCCUGGUUAAAGAGGCCGUCAACAACAUUGGAUUUCAAAUCAAAGCUCCAGAGCCACCACCAGUACAGGAGCAGCCAACCGUGGACCUCAAAUGUCCCCCUGGACUUUACACACAAGCUGAACUGAAACCCCACCUGGAAAGACCUCCACAGGACCCCAACAGCUUCGGGGCUGAUGGAAAACCUUUCCAAAAACCAAACCUGACCCCAGAAGAGGAGAAGGAAAAGGAGGAAGGCAUGACCCGACAUUGUUUCAACCAGUUUGCCUCAGAUCGUAUAUCCCUGAGUCGUAGUCUCGGCGAGGACACCAGACCUGUGGAGUGUGUGGAGAGGAAAUUUCGCCGUUGCCCUCCUCUGCCCAACACCAGUGUUAUUAUUGUCUUCCACAAUGAAGCCUGGUCCACUCUCCUCAGAACCGUGCUCAGCGUUCUACACACAUCUCCUGCCGUCAUGCUCAAGGAGAUCAUCUUGGUGGACGAUGCCAGCACUGCAGAGCACCUGGGAGUUCAGCUGGAGGAGUAUGUGCGCCAUCUAAAGAUUGUCCAUGUCGUCCGGCAGCCAGAAAGGAAAGGCUUGAUCACAGCCAGGCUGCUGGGAGCCAGUGUGGCCCAGGGAGGAAUCCUCACCUUCCUUGACGCGCACUGUGAAUGUUUCCAUGGUUGGCUGGAGCCGUUGCUGGCCCGCAUCGUUGAAGAACCCACCGCUGUGGUCAGUCCAGAAAUCACCACAAUCGACCUCAACUCGUUCCAGUUCCACAAGCCCGUGGCCACAAAUCGCGCCUACAACCGUGGAAACUUUGACUGGAGCUUAACCUUCGGCUGGGAGGCCAUACCUGAGGAAGCUCGGAAGCUGCGCAAGGAUGAAACCUACCCAGUGAAAACGCCUGCUUUUGCUGGGGGUCUGUUUUCAAUCUCAAAAAAGUACUUUGAACACAUUGGGACAUACGACGAUCAGAUGGAGAUCUGGGGAGGUGAAAAUGUGGAGAUGUCGUUCCGGGUGUGGCAGUGUGGAGGUCAGCUAGAGAUCAUCCCCUGUUCUGUGGUUGGCCAUGUGUUCCGCACCAAAAGCCCUCACACCUUUCCCAAAGGUACCGAAGUCACUCGGAACCAGGUGAGACUGGCUGAGGUCUGGAUGGACGACUACAAGAAGAUCUACUACCGCCGUAACAAGAACGCAGCAGACAUGGCCCGAGAGAAUAGAUAUGGGGACAUUACUGGACGUCUGCAGCUAAGAGAGCGGCUACAGUGCAAGAAUUUCACCUGGUAUCUGAACACAGUCUACCCAGAGGCCUUUAUUCCUGACUUAUCACCAGUGAAAUUUGGAGCACUUAGAAACUCAGGAUCUCAGACCUGUCUGGAUGUUGGGGAGCGUAACGAAGGAGGCAAACCUGUGAUUAUGUACGUGUGUCACAACAUGGGCGGCAACCAGUAUUUCGAAUACUCGUCUCAUAAGGAGCUGCGUCAUAACAUAGGAAAGCAGCUCUGCCUCCACGCCACGCCUCACCCAGAGCUGGUGAAGCUGGAGCUUUGUCAGCUGAAGGGGAAAGGCACCAGUCUAGCUCCACAGCAGGAGUGGAUUUUCACAGAGGAAAACCUAUUGAAAAAUCCGACCACUGGGAGAUGUUUACAGCUCAAAGGAGGACAAAUUCAGAUGGAUAACUGUAACGCUGCUGACCUCUACCAACACUGGACUUUUAGCUGACCUCCCAAUUAGCACACAUGUGUCCUCGGGCAUUUUGUGCCCCUCGUCCUCAUGCUGGACUGUAAGGAGCCAGAAGGACUUGAUUCGGUUGAACUUGCACACAAGCAGGUGGACACACAUACAGAUGAAGGACAAAGUAAAGACGCUUGCGUUUGAUGAGGAUGCUGAGAUUGAUAGCGACUUUUUUAAAAUUUUAUUUAUGACCAAAUCUCAGGUGAUCUUCACCGAUGAAGGUGGUUGGGGAAAAGCGAGUGUGAAUGCUGCACACGUGAGGUACAGCUUGAUGAAUGGGUGAGCGCUGUAAAAUCUGAUUACUGAUUAAUUCAAUGAAUUUACACUUUGAAAACAUCACUGCACAGCUGGUUUUCUACGACAAUGAACUGUGACAUGGCACAGUCAGGUUCAGGAACUCUGAUGCACCAUGUCCAAAUUUACAGUCCUAUAAGAAAUAUAGUUGCAACCAAUCACUGGUUGUCCUGGUUA